AUGGCCAACACACCCCCAGACCUGGCCGCACUCUUGACGCCUGUGCUGCCUGCCCUCGCCGCCGCUGCUGUCUCGACCGAACCGGCCAUUGGCAUCCUACCUCUUCUGUCACCCAUUCUCCGUCAGCGUGUACAGUUCCUCUCGGCGUCUAGCUCUGAGCCGUGGCUGCGUCUGCUAUGCUACGACUCGUCUAAGGCCCCGCAACUCGCAAAGGCGGCGUCUAGCAGCGCCCUCGAGCCCCAUCCCGUGUCUGGAGAGACCGAAGUCGACUGGGACUAUGACUCCGAGACGCGCUAUCGUCGCAUAGAUGCCGAAACCCUCCAGGCCCUCGUGGUCAUGCGUGAUGUGGGGCUCGUCUUCCGUCUCGUAUACUGCAUUAAUGACCCGGACGGCGGCGAUGGCUGGCGCGUCGGCGAGGUCAACGUGACGGACGGACAGGAGCCAUUUGCCAUAUUUGGCGGGUCUGCUUCCAUUGCCGAGGCAGAAGAGCAGUUUGAGGAUUACAAGAAAGACAACAGCAACAACAAAGCCGCUCCUACUGGUACUACCACCGUCAACAACGGCGCCACCAGUCACAACGAGGAAAAGGAAGACAGUGAGGACGCCUACUGGGCGCAGUACGACGCUACACCCAGCCACACUCCUGGGCCGAAAGCCUCCCCUGCACCCCGCGCCUCGGCAGCUCGUGCAAAUAAUAGUGCGACCACGGAGGACGAGUAUUUCUCGCAAUACGACAGUGUCCAACCAGCCAUGGACAACCACGAUCCUGAUGAGGGGUUGGACUCAGCCUCGACAGCUGCUCUUCUCAGCGAUGCCGGUGCUGAUACAGAUGCGGCCCGUACCAACGGCGGCAGCGGCAAGUCACACAUGAACGGAGAAAAUUCCAACUACGAGCUUGCGCACCCGCGGCCCGAGUCGAGCGCUAGCUCCAAUGAGUCGCAGAAGCUCGUGGCUCGUCUAGAGGAGCAGGCCGGACGCCAGGGCCAGAACGAGUUUGGCGUCAAGAAGCACAUCUCACGCAGUAUCCGCAGCUUGUUCCUGCUGUCGCGCAGCUCGGGUAUUCAGAGGGACGAGUUCGAGCAGAUUGUCAAGACGGAGCUGGAUAUAUUGGGCUUGGUUGAUUAUGUCGAGUGA